CUAGCAAAUCUUACAGGCGCAAGUAUUUUCGUGGCGGAUACAAGGCUCCAGAAUUACACAGCAUGAAAGCCUAGAGGGAAGUUUUCCUAGUGAUACAUUGUCUGUUAUAUUUAUAUUCAAAUCCCUUUUUCAUUUUCCAGAGAGAACAAGUAUAAUCUCAUCUAUCCAUCCAUCCAUCCAUCCAUCCAACUCCUCUCAUCGCAAACUCACAAUGGCCCAAUUAAUAAACCAUCCCGGCAUUCACACUCCAAGCCCAAACCCGAACAUGAACCACAUCCUACCUAAUCUCUGGAUCGGAGAGUUAAAAGCUUCACUUCUCUCUAUUCUCCCCUCUUACUAAUCUCCUCCCCCAGUAUCCUAUCCACAUACAACACAUCCCAUCUCCUCAGCAAAAAUAUCCAUACAAUCAUAUCCGUAAACGAUCAACCUCUUCCCCAAUGGCUUCGUACUCGCUAUCUCGAACUGAUUUUCUCACACAUACAUUUUCGAGUCCAUGAUGAUUCGCUGGAAGAUAUUCUACUCAUUAUGAACGAUGUAUGUGAAGUGAUUGAUGAGUCAGUUCGUGAAAGUCGGAGGGUGUUGGUGCAUUGUGGUCUUGGAAUUAGUAGAUCUGGAACAGUUGUUUUAGGAUAUGUAAUGCGAGAAAGAGCUUUAGAUCGAGAAGAAGCUCUAGCUUUUGUACGCCAGAAGAGAUCGCGAGUGCAGCCUAAUAUCGGGUUUUGGGAGCAAUUGGGUAUAUGGCAUGAUUGUCAUUAUGAUGUGUUUGAGACUGUCGAUGGUGAAAUUUUGGAAAAGAAAGUCUAUCGAGAGUGGAAAGUAAAGACUGAGAGGGAGAUGAGUAGUAGAGUAGGCACCCUUACUCAAUCUUAAUCAUCAGUUAGAGAAUAGAGACAGCUGAAUGUUGGAAAUGUUUUGGUGUCAUGGAGUCUUAAAUGUUUGACAGAUUCGUAUGUAUAGUUGAUUUGCAAGGAAGGGUGAAUGUCUCGCCUCUUUUGAGCCAAGAGAAUGAA